AUGGCGCCCCCGCUUCGAACCUAUGGGAAGAAGAAAAGUUUGCUUGGUCCCUUGGGCUCCCGACAUCGUUCCAAGGCCUCGGCCGAUUUCCUUCCAGCAAAGAACCCCGAUCUUGGUUCACAAUCUGUGAACCCCUGCUCCGAUAUUGCGAAGCGACACUCUCGGACUCAGAGUAAUGUCCAACCAAACAGCAUUGAGGAAAUUGCGAGCGCCUUACUCGAUGACAGCAGUUCAGAGCUGCCAGCAGAAGGGGAUGCCAAGGGACAGUUAGCAAAGGACGAUCCUGACUGUACAACUUCUAUUCCUCCAGUUCGCGAAGACUCUACACCAGAGGUUGGAGAACAACCCAUCAUCUCGCAUUCGCCAAAGUCGUUAAAGGAAGGAUCGACUAGCAAUAGUCGAGCACUCCGGCCGAGUGCUCCGAGAAUUCAGAAAAUGUCUCCCAACAAUAGGUUUGCAAAGUCCUCACGGCCUCGUGGAAGCUCAACUUCAUCUCCUAAACGGAAAGACUACAGCUUGAUCCGCCCCCUCGCGGACUCUGUGAAAAAGUCGACCCAUCGUUCUCCGUACCCUGUUGUGAAAGAUGCCGAAGCUGUUUGCCUUCUUCCGCACAACGUCAUGGAUGGAACUCCAAGAAUUCUCUUGCAAAGCGAGUUGGCUGGUCAAGGCCGCGCUGUGGCGACUAGUGCCGAUGAGAUUCAGGAGAAAGUAUGUGCCAUGUUGGCGGCAACGGACGCUCUAAAGCCGUCUCCUUCUCAGCCGAGAAAGUCGCCUGUUUCCAAGAUGACUCGCAUGACUCCAUCAAGGGUAUUGGCCAAAGUAUCCAGUGCAUGGGAUCGAUGGCAGGUUAAAUCGUCCAGCGGAGGAACCAAACCUCGUGCGAAGCUCGCGAAACAGCCCGUUCAUGAAGACUCCCCUAAUGGCCCACUGACUUCCCAUCCCGUACUUGUGUCUCCUGCCCUCAAAAGAGCGUCCUUUGUCGACACGAUUGAGAUCCGUCUAAAUGAAGGAGACAAUCUCAAUAGAAAGAAGGUACAGCAAAUGGUGGGUGGUCGUGUAGCUCGCAAACCUGUGGCCAAUGACGGAAAGGCCCUCAGGAGCGGCCGAUCCAUGGACGAUGACCCCUUUGCUGAGCCCGCUCUAUAUCAUAGCCCCAGUGCUAUUGAAAGACGCCAACAUUUGAAGAUUAUGGUUGGAUCCAAUACAGCGUCUCUGCUCAUCAUCGACCCUUUUGAAGCUGAAAAGGGAUUCGAGAACAACCUCGAAGAUAGGAUCUUGAGUUCUUCCCCGGUCUGUGCAUCAACGCCUCGGAUUCAUCUCCAUAGGGUUCAAACUCCCACUCUUGAGGAUAGUCUCGACGAACAGUGCUCCAAGCUGCCGACUCAGAUUAGCCUAGAGAAGGGGACCACUGACUUGACCAUAUACCAAUCUCAAGAAGCCAUAUCUUUCAAGAAAUCCCCGAAUCAAAGUGGGCAGAUGAAGACGCUGCCAAACACCGAUCGCAUCACCAAGCACCCAUCUCCGAGCAAGAGGGAUCUGGAACAGCUUGAGAUAGCCUUUCGAUGCUAUAGCGAGCUCAAAAGACGUGGUAUAGGUGAAGAAGCUGAUGAACUCGCGGCGCACUAUACACCCUCCACUCGGUACUUGUCCCCUCGAGAUACGAACAAGAUGAUGAAGGCUCGUGAAGAAGGUGUCAAAUCCAUGUCUAGCAGUGAAUCCCAGUCUCCCGCCAAAUCGCAGAUACGACGCCCGACUGAUGACCUAAGACGUCAUCAUCAAAUUCGCCUUGCUCCUGUUUACCGACCAACGAUUCCGCAAUCAGAUGAGGUUGACGUAUUGCAGUGA